GUUUGAAUCCAAGAUACCAGAUAGUUGGCUCCGGUACUCCUUUCGAAACGAUGCUUGUUUCAAUCGAUAUAGGACCACCAACGGGAGAUGAUGACAUAGAUGCUUUAGGGAUAAUACAUUAUUUGAAUAUCGUAUCCAAAGAUCCAUCAAUACGUAAUAUGGGCAUAGACCCGGAUUAUGGUGUUGAGCCGCUAUUUGG